GUGAGGAGAACACCCCAUUCCCCAAUCUCCUCCACUUCCUCCAUACACCAUGGGGAAAGACAGAUAUACCAUGUCCUGUCUUGGUGUCACUUAUCUUGCCCUUGUGUCUGCAACUACUUUAGUACUUGGGAACCUACAGUAUAUGGUUAUGGUACCCUAUGUGCUACCCACUGAGAUCCCAGUAAAAAUCUGUCUCUUACUGAGAUACCUGAAUGAAACAGUGACUGUAAGUGCUUCUCUACAACAUAUGGAAAGGAAUCUCAUUGAUGACCUAGUAAUUGACAAGGACUUAUUCCACUGUAUUUCUUUCACUCUCCCAAGGUCUUUGUCUUCAAAGAGUGAAAGAUACCUAUCUGUAAUGAUAAAAGGAUCAACACAUGAAUUCCAUGAUGCAAAAAAAGUGUUGAUACAGGAAAAAGGAAGUCUUAUCUUUAUUCAAACAGACAAACAAAUCUACACACCAGGACAGUCAGUUAAGUUUCGAAUUGUCUCGAUGGAUGAAAAAUUUUACCCACUGCAUGAAGUGCUUCCACUGGUUCUCAUUGAGGACCCUGAAAUGAAUCGGAUUAUGCAAUGGCAGAAUGUCGAAUUAGAGAAUGGUCUUACUCAAUUGUCUUUCACCGUGUCAUCAGAGCCCAUUAAAGGCUCCUACAAAAUAGUGAUAAUGAAACAAUCAGGAGAAAAGACAGAGCAUUCCUUCACCGUGGAAGAAUAUGUGCUUCCCAAAUUUGAGGUGCAAGUAAAAGUUCCAAAACUAAUCAAUAUACUGGAUACAGAACUGAAUGUAUCAGUGUGUGGAAUAUAUUCCUACAGGAAGCCUGUCUCAGGAAAUGUAACAUUGAGAAUAGAACCAAUACAUAUGGUGCCAGCUUACUACUUUAAAAACUAUGCCUGGCCAACAUAUGAGGAAGUCAAUCAACCGCUAGACAUUCAUGGCUGCAUCACAAGACAAUUAAAUACCAAUGUGUUCCAUUUAAAGACAGCAGAGUUUAAAAUUGAGUAUCUUCAUGUGGAAGCCAAGAUUACAGAAGAAGGAACAGGACUGGAAAUAUAUGGAACCGGGAAAACUUAUGUCACAAAAAUUAUAACAAGUCUCACGUUUGUAAAAGUGGAUUCAUAUUUUAGACGAGGAAUCCCAUUCACUGGGCAGGUACGCCUAGUGGACAGAAAAGGAACCCCGAUCCCAAAUGAACGCAUCUUUAUUGACUCAAAUGCUGCUAAUCAUCAUUCUAAUGCUAUCACUGAUGAACAUGGCCUGGCACAGUUCUCCAUUGACACCAUGAAUGUUAUGUCUUCCUCUCUCAGUGUCAGAGUCUACCACAAACAUCAGAGUUCCUGUUCUUGGAAUAGGUGCUGGAGAGAAGAAUAUCAAGAUGCAUAUCGCACAGUUUAUCAUGUUUUCUCCUUAAGCAACAAUGCUGUCAAACUUGAAGCAGUGGCAGGUAUCUUGCCAUGCAACCAAAUUCAGACAAUUCAAGCACAUUAUAUUUUGAAUGAACAGGCUUUGGGUGAGCUGAAGGAGAUGACUUUCUAUUACCUGAUCAUGGCCAAAGGAAACAUCAGGAAAACUGGAACAUAUAAUCUCUCUAUGAAGGCUGGAGAAUCGAGCGGACAUUUUUCCAUGUCAUUCCCAGUGGAGGCAGAGUUUGCUCCUGCUGUUCAAUUGCUUAUUUAUGCCAUUUUACCUGAUGGGGAAGUGAUUGGGGAUAAAGCAAAAUAUGAAAUUGAAAAUUGUCUGUCUAACAAGGUGGAUUUGAGUUUCAACCCAACACAAAGUCUCCCAGCCUCCCAGGCCCUCCUGCAAGUUACAGCCUCUCCUCACUCCCUCUGCGCAGUCCGGGCCGUGGACCAGAGUGUGCUGCUCAAGAAGCCUGAGGCAGAGCUCUCUGCCACCUCUAUAUAUAAUUUGCUCCCUAAGACAGACAGAUCUGGUCUCAUGAACAGUUUAAGUAAAUGGCAGAAAGACGAUAAAGACUGUGUAAAAAGAGAUAUUGUCCAUAAUGAUGAUCCAAAUCCUACAAUAUCACGAAGUGAAGAACAAGACAUAUACAUCUUCAUAAGGGAUAUGAACUUAGUUGCAUUUACCAACCUGAAACUCAAGCAUCCCAAAUUUUGUUCAAAAGCACUGAUUAUGUAUUCUCGUGAAAAGGACUAUGUGGUGUUUGCAAAUGCCCCACCGUCGUCUAUUGUAACUGUUCGAAAAUACUUCCCUGAAACUUGGAUCUGGGACUUGGUAACAAUAAAUUCAUCAGGUGUGGCUGAAUUAAGAGUGACAGUCCCUGACACCAUCACAGAGUGGAAAGCAGGAGUUUUCUGCCUGUCCAAUAACACUGGAUUUGGAAUCUCCCCAACUGCCUCUCUUCGAGCUUUUCAGCCCUUCUUCCUGGAGGUUACAAUGCCCUAUUCUGUGAUCCGUGGAGAAGCUUUCACACUCAAGGCAACAGUGUUUAACUAUGUCCCCAAAUGCAUCCAGGUGAGUGUGCAACUGGCACCCUCUCCUGACUACAUGGCUAUCCCAGUGGAGAAAGAAGAAUCUCACUGCCUCUGCACAAAUGGCAGGCUAACCGUGUCCUGGCUGGUGAUUCCCAAAUCAUUAGGAAAUGUCAAUUUCACUGUGAGUGCUGAAACAGUAACAUCCUCUGAGCUCUGUGGUGCUGAGGUAGCUACACUUCCUGAAAAUGGGCGAAGAGAUACAGUUGUCAAACUUCUUUUAGUUGAGCCUGAAGGAAUCAAGAAGGAACAUACAUUCAUUUCCUUACUCUGUGCAUCAGAUGACAGAUUACCUGAACAACUGUCUCUGACACUCCCUCCAAAAAUAGUGGAAGAAUCAACAAGAGCUUCUUUUUCUGUUUUUGGUGACAUUCUAAGUUCUGCAAUAAAAAACACACAAAAUCUUCUCCAAAUGCCCUUUGGCUGCGGAGAACAGAACAUGGUGCUGUUUGCUCCUAAUAUCUAUGUACUAAAAUAUCUGAAUGAAACCCAGCAGGUAACUGAGGAGAUCAAAUCCAAGGCCAUUGGCUAUCUCCAUGCUGGUUAUCAGAGGCAGUUGAACUAUAAACACAAAGAUGGCUCCUAUAGUGCCUUUGGAGAUAAAGAUGGGAAGACACAAGGCAACACUUGGCUCACUGCCUUUGUGCUCAAGACUCUUGCCCAGGCUCAAGCUGUCAUCUUCAUAGAUGAAAACCAUAUUUCUGAAGCCCUUAUCUGGCUCUCUAGGAAGCAGACAAUGAGUGGCUGUUUCAGUCGUUCUGGGACACUGCUUAACAAUGCUCUUAAGGGUGGAGUACAAGAUGAAGUGACCCUCUCUGCAUAUAUUACCAUUGCCCUCCUGGAGAUUCCUCUCCCUGUCACUAACCCUGUUGUGCAAAAAGCACUGACUUGCCUGGAAUCAUUUUGGAACAAAACAAAGGAAAAAGUUGAUAGCCAUGUCUACACCAAAGCACUGCUCGCCUAUGCUUUUGCCCUGGCAGGUGACCAAGACAAAAGGAGAGAGAUACUGAAGUCACUUGAUGAGGACGCUAUAAAAGAAGACAAUACAAUGCAUUGGGAGAGCCCUCACAAACCCAGGGCACCCAAAAAUGAUUUUCAUACAAUCCAGGCUUCCUCUGCUGAAGUGGAGAUGACAUCCUAUGUGCUCCUCGCUUAUCUCACGACCCGGUCAGCACUAACCUCAGAGGAUCUGACUUCUGCCACAUAUAUUGUAAAGUGGCUCACCAAGCAACAGAAUCCCUAUGGGGGAUUCUCCUCCACCCAGGACACAGUGGUAGCUCUCCAAGCUCUAUCCAGAUAUGGAGCAGCCACCUUUGCCAAAAGUGAAAAAGAUAUUUUGGUGACCAUCCAGUCUUCAAAGACAUUUUCCACCAAGUUCCAAGUGAACAGCACCAACCGUCUGUUACUACAGCAAGUCUCAUUACCAGACCUUCCUGGGGAAUAUAGCAUACAAGUGUCAGGGGAAGGAUGUGUGUAUACACAGGCUGUUUUGAAAUACAAUGUUUUCUUGGAGAAGAAGGAAUCUGCAUUCAUUCUACAAGCACAGACAGUCCCCCAAAUUUGUGAUGGACCUGAGUCCCACAAAAGCUUUCAAAUCUCACUAGAAGUCAGCUAUAUAGGAAAUCGCCCAGUCUCCAACAUGGUAAUUGUUGACGUAAAGAUGAUAUCUGGUUUCAUCCCACUGAAACCAACAGUGAAAAUGCUUGAAAAAUCUAGCAGUGUGAGUAGGACAGAAGUGACCACCAACAAUGUCUUAAUUUAUGUGGAACAGGUUACUAAUCAGACAUUAAGCUUUUCUUUCAUGGUUGUACAAGAUAUUCCUGUAAGAGACUUGAAACCAGCUAUUGUGAAAGUCUAUGAUUACUAUGAGACAGAUGAAGUAGCUUUUGCUGAAUACAAUGAUCCCUGCAGCACCAACUCAGAACAAGGAAAUAAUUGAGGCCAUCUACAUAAAUUGAACUUUGUAGGAAUUCCCAGAAACAGGGCUCUUUAAAAGGAUUGUUUGUCUUUGUAAUGUAGAGCUAAACAAACUGGCAAAUAAAUAUAUUUCUAGAGAGCAUCAAUAA